CGGGCGGCGGAGCAGGCUCGAACAGCGGCGGUCACCGCGGAGGCCCUGGCCUGCCCAAGCCCGGCCCCGGCCGUGUGGGAGCCGCUCUCCUCAGCAGCCGGUUCGGGAAAUAGCCGUUUCGCUGUAUCGAGCCCGUACCGCUGGUGAAAAUGGCUGAAAAUGGAGAUGGUGAAAACAUGUCUAUUUUGGAAAACAAAAUCUGUCAGCAAAUUGAGUACUACUUUGGCAAUCACAAUCUACCAAGAGACAAGUUCCUAAAGGAACAGAUCAAACUAGAUGAUGGCUGGGUGCCUUUAGAAGUAAUGAUCAAAUUCAACAGGUUAAGUCGCCUUUCAAAAGAUUUUAGUGUUAUUGUAGAAGCACUAAGAAAAUCCAAGACUGGUUUAAUGGAAAUAAAUGAAGACAAAACUAAAAUCAGAAGAUCUCCAAACAAACCCCUUCCUGAAUUAAAUGACCAGUAUAAGGCUGCAAUUAAAAACAGAUCCGUAUAUGUUAAAGGCUUUCCGCUUGAUGCAACUCUUGAUGAUAUCAAAGAAUGGCUUGAGGAUAAAGGUCCAGUUGAAAACAUUCAAAUGAGGAGAACGCUGCAGAGAACAUUUAAGGGCUCAAUAUUUGCAGUUUUCGAUAGUGUUGAGUCUGCCAAGAAGUUCACAGAGAUCCCAAACCAAAAGUACAAAGACACAGAGUUGAUAGUACUUUUCAAGGAGGAAUAUUGUAUAAAGAAGAAUGAAGAAAGGAAACAAAACAAAGUAGAAGCUAAAGCAAGAGCUAAACAGGAAAAAGAAGAAAAACAGAAACAAGCAGCAGAUGCUGAAAUGAAGUCUCUGGAAGAAAAGACAGGAUGUCUUUUGAAGUUUUCUGGUGAUCUAGAUGAUCAAACAUGCAGAGAAGAUCUCCACGAUGUAUUUUCUGGUCACGGAGAAAUCAAAUGGAUACACUUUGUCAGAGGUGCGAAGGAGGGAAUUAUCCUAUUUAAAGAUAUUGCAAAAGAAGCUCUGGAAAAAGCCAAAGCAGCACAUAAUGGAAACUUACAGCUUCGGAACAAGGAUGUUACAUGGGAAGUGAUAGAAGGAGAUGCAGAGAAAGAAGCUCUGAAAAAAAUCCUGGAAGAUCAGCAAGAAUUGCUGAAACAGAAAACAAAAGGACGCAAAAUUAAAGGAAAAGGAAGAGGGGGAAAGGCACCUCAAGGUGCACACAAAGGGAAAGUACAGUUCCAGGGUAAGAAAAUAAAGUUUGAGAAUGAAGAAGAAGGUGGCGAAGAUGAUACUAAAACAGAACCAGCAAGUCCCAAGAAGAGACCACUAGAGGAAACGGAAAAAGAAGAACCCGCACCAAAACAACUGAAAACAGAAAACGGAGGUGGAGAUCAGUAACACUAAAAUAAAUAAAUAAAAAAAUCAUUGGUUUUAUUGUUCCAUUUUCAAUAGGUUUUAAAGACAUGCCUCAGUUCAGGAGUUUCUUGGCAGAAAAUCUAAUGAAAUCCACUUCAAUGUCAACCUACAAUGAGAGGAAAGCUUCAUUUUGUUGGGUUACAGCUUUUUUGUUGUUGUUGUUAAAAGCAUGCUUACUCUUAACAUACCACCCUGGAAAACUCUUUUAUAUUUAUAGUUUUGUUUAUACUGUCAGAUCCUCUCAACUUCUCUGCACCUCAUUCAAAUGUAAAAGGUUCUGGACUUUGUAAUCGUGCAGUUACGUUAAAUAGCAGCUGCCAAUAAAUUCAGAACUUCAAACUGCUUA